CUUAAGAAGAACCGUGAAAAUUACAACUCAAUUAACAAUCCAACUUAAAGGAGUGCGUUCGUUCGACUGAAGCCCGUAUUCACAGAGCUUCAUGGUUGAGGUGUUCUGUUAUUGUAGCUUCUUAAAACUGCAGGUAAAAUCAGGAUCAGAAAAAUCCACAGUCACUAGUAUUUAUUUUAUUUGUUUAAAAACCAGAAUUUCAACUUAGCGUCUCCUUGUAAAGCUCUUGGUGUUUUGCAUCGUACUGUCAUAGGCAAAUAUCUGUGUUUGGUGUCACGUCUGACAAUGGAAGCCACACAGGAUGUGUUUCUUCACUGCCAGAGAUUUGCCCACAUUUGCAGUUUGUUUGAUCUUCACUGUAAAUUACACAUGAAAAGUAGGUCUUGCCUUUUCACCAAGCAAAGUGUGAAGCCGUCCACGCUACGUAGCACUGAUAUGAUAUGAGUAAAGAAUGGUAACGUAAUACUUCAUGUUUGUGUACUGAGGGCAGAAGCUGGAGUACCUACAGAAACACAGACGCAGUACAGAACUGACCAUGAGGUCGUAUCUCACUGUAAGGUCCACUGGAAACCCCUGGACUGGAGGAUCUGGAUCAGGUCUAAGACGGAGCCUCGAUGACAAGAUUCUCUGCACAGGGACAAAAUGAGCUUCCUGCUCAGUCAGUGCUGCGUGAACUGCUUCGUUCCACCUGUUCCUGUCGAAGGCGUUGACAAUGGAGCCGUUCAGCAGCACGGUGACGUUGCCACACGCCGUUUCUGCAAACUGCAGCAGUGAUGAGAGAGGAGUACAUCGGAUGGUUCCUGCACGUGGACCACAUGGGACAUGAGCUGAAAUCAAACCCUGCGAGUCACACAGAGGUUCAGCUGACACGGCUGAUGACGAACAGAUCUGAGUCAAAAGUCACGGACGUUGACAAUAUCAGUAUUUUCUUUUAAUCAUCAUGAGUGAUCCUUGGCAGGAGUGCAUGGACCAUUGCAUAGAGGUCACCAAAAAGGCUGGAAAAAUGAUCCGUGACGCGCUCCAGAAGGACAUCGCUAUCAUGCAGAAGAGCUCGCCGGUCGACCUGGUGACUGAAACGGACCAGAGAGUGGAACAAUUAAUUAUAUCCUCCAUCAAGGAGAAGUACCCCACACACAGCUUCAUAGGUGAGGAGUCCGUAGCAGCAGGCUCCCCGAGUGUCCUGACCGAUGACCCCACCUGGAUCAUUGACCCUAUCGAUGGCACCACUAACUUCGUUCACAGGUUUCCAUUUGUGGCUGUGUCAAUAGGCUUCACUGUGAAGAAAGAGAUAGAAUUUGGUAUUGUCUACAGCUGCAUUGAGGACAAAAUGUACACGGCCAGGAAGGGAAAGGGUGCGUUCUGUAACGGAGUUCCAAUCAAAGUGUCUGGACAAGAAGACAUAACCAAAUCUCUGGUCCUGACUGAAACGGGCUUCAAGAGCAACCCUGAGCACUUCAAAACCAUGACAGCCAACAUCACGGCCAUCCUCAGCAUCCCUGUACACGGAAUCCGAUCCCCGGGCAGUGCAGCCGUCAACAUGUGUUUGGUAGCAUGUGGCUCGGCUGAUGCCUAUUACCACAUGGGCAUCCACUGCUGGGACAUGGCCGGAGGGGCCGCCAUUGUUACUGAAGCAGGGGGAGUCAUCAUGGACAUUUCAGGUGGUCCAUUUGAUCUGAUGUCCCGGAGGCUGAUUGUGGCGAGCAGCAGGGCGGUGGCCGAACGACUGGUGAGGGAGAUAAUCGAGUUUGACGUCGGCAGAGACGAUCAGUAAACGUCCACACAUCGUCCACAGCUGCUGCGGACAGGACUCUUCACAUCAGGGCUCAGUAUUUGCCUUAAAACUCACCCAAAAAUGAACCUACCUCUGAAGAUGAGUGUUGUAGGAUCCAUCCAUCCUAACUUCUGCGUUCAACAGAGAGAGAGAUUCCAGUCCUGCAGGUGUCGUUUUACCUUUUAUCCUUUAUUAGGUGAGGGUCAAAAAAUCAUGUAUUCUAUAGAUGAUCAAAUAUAUUUGUGCCCGUUGUUUGUUUUUAUUUUUCCGACAUUAAUGCUUUCUUUUAUAAUAUCAUGUAUUAGUUUUAAUUAAGUUAAAUGUGUUUUUCACUCUAGGUUUUGCACUAAAGAUUAAAGGACUUUCGUGUCCGUCA